AUGGAAGGAACUGAUGGAUAUGGAGUUGGCCGGGUGACGGUAAACAGAGCAGCGGUAAAUGAUUCAUUGGUUGGUAAUGGGAAUCCUGCUUUCCAUAUCUACAUGGAUAACUUAGACCUGGGCAUGGGUUCAAAAUCUGGGGAUGAUCUGAAACAUGCACUGCAUGUUCGAAUUGAGGUGAAACGAUUAGAGAGAGAGAAUGCAGACGAGACCAAGGACAAUGGUUACAGGGGUGGAGGACAUUUAGUGAUGGGGAUCAACAGGACAGACAUUGGAGAAGAGAAGAGUGAAGGAGAUUUGAUUGAGAUGUUCAAAAUCAGGUGCAUCAGCACAUUACCCUGCUUUCAGUUACGUGUUGAAUAUGCUCUUUCCCCACUUGAGUUUGACAAUUUGAAGCACUUUCCUUCUCUCUUCCAACAGUAUGGCAUCGUCAUUGACGCUGGCUCCUCUCGCACCACUCUCUAUGUUUACAAAUGGCCGGCUGGGAAAGAGAACAACACUGGCAUUGUGAGUGAGCACAGCAAAUGCAACGUUAAAGGUGCUGGAAUUUCCAGUUACGCGUCCAACCUGUCCCAAGUUGGAAACAGUCUGAAGCCCUGCCUGGAUGAAACUGUGAAAAGCAUUCCCGCACAUCGGCAUGCAGAGACACCCCUCUACCUUGGUGCUACAGCUGGGAUGCGCUUGUUGAAGUAAGUAAUCCCAGAGCCUGGGGGGGGAAAACAUCAUUGCUCCUCUUGAAACUUCCUCAGGGGCUAUUUUCUGGUUUUCAGAUAUUAGGUUCUGACUGUCUUGGCAGGUACAGGCCAGGUAUCCCUUAUCCAUACAUCAGCAAACUG